AUGAAAAUUUCAAUUGGUAAAAUUUUAUUUAUUUCAUCUUUAAUUUCAACAUCUUUACAAUUUUCUCCAGUUGAAACAUUUCGUCUCGAACGAAAUCCCUGUGAACAGGUCCGUAAUGGACAAUUUAUCUGCCUAGAUUGUGCAACAUUGGCUUUUUGCUCACAACAAAAUGGUGUCUGGACAACAUUGACUAUUGGUUCCUGUAAAACGGACAAAAAUUUAUUUUGUGACGAACAAGCUCAUUGUUGUAUUUUUCGCACAACAUGUAAAACUAAUAUGAAAACUACGAAUUUUGAAUCUCAAAAUGCUGGCAUUUAUCCAGAUCCAUAUGAGUGUAAAAAUUUUUAUGAGUGUAAUGGAAACAAUGAAGCUAAACGUAGCACAUGACCCAGUGGAAAAGCCUAUUCGCCAGUCACCAAAAGUUGUUUAAUAUCGGACACAGAUCAGAUAUGUUUGAAGCCUCAAUAUAAUUGCACUGUAACGGGACAAAGUGAAGCUUGGCCAACUGAUGAUAAUAUAUUUUAUUUGUGUAUGGGACAAAAACCUCUAUUAUAUAGUUUUCCCAGAGGUUAUAGAUUCAUUACUGACAAGUGUAUGAAGUAUAAUACAGAAAGUUUAUUAAGUAGAUCAACCACUAUCGCAAGAAAAAGUUUGUAAUAAAGAAAAUAUCGUGUUUGCAAAUCCAGACGACUGUCGUUCGUAUUUUUCUUGUAAUGAGGGGAUUUUUGUUAAAAUAUCAUGUCCAAAUGGGAG